ACCACUCGGCUGGAACCCGCAGCGAUGGGGCAGCCUGUUCCGUGAGCGCCGAGAGCCGAGCGAGGCAGGCAAGGGCAAGACGGGAGAGGACGUCUGGGGAGAGCGGAAGCCGGAGGCCGGGAGGGGAAGAGAAGCCCGCGGCAGGUGGAAGUCAGAUCUGGCGCGAGCCGGCCCCGUCCUCCGCUUGUUUUUCUGGGAGAGAGGAAAAGUACCUGAGGAUCGCUCCUUCGGUUAAUGAAAACUACUUUUACCCUCAGCCUUAAAGACUAAGGGGAGGUAAAGGCGGUCCCUGUUCCCUUAGGAAGAGCGCUGAAGGGAGCGCAGACUGGCUCUUUUUUAAGCGUCUGAAAUCCGGCGGCGGCUGACGCGCCGAGCGGGUCCACCCGGGCGUGGACGCAUCCCUUUCGGGAGCAGUCCAGCGGGAGCCGCUGGUGCAGGGCUAUUUUUAUACUUAAAUAUAUAUAUAUGCUCCCCACCCCCACCCCUUCCAAAACAACACUUUCCUGGUUUGUAAGCACGAGUGAUGAGAAAGUGUCCAUACAAAGUAGGGAUAUUUUCCGCCUUUCCUCUGCUUGUCUUUUUUAGACGGUAGGAGUGGUCCCUAUUUCGGGAAAAGGUCAUUUUAAUUUGAAAGGCUCUCUCUCUGUAUUUAUAUUCGUACGCACUGAGAGAGAGAUACAGAGAGAGCGCGCUUUUUGGAGGUUGAAAUCUUACUGAGAAAGAUGGAAAAGGGGGCCAGGCACCGACACAACACCGACAAGAACCACGCAGGUGGGAGCGAAUCCGAGGAUUUCCCCGAGGCCGGCUCCGGAGGGGGCGGAGUAGCCCUGAAGAAAGAGAUCGGAUUGGUCAGUGCUUGUGGCAUCAUCGUAGGGAACAUCAUCGGCUCGGGAAUCUUUGUCUCACCGAAGGGCGUGCUGGAGAACGCUGGCUCUGUGGGCCUUGCUCUCAUCGUCUGGAUCGUGACAGGUCUCAUCACAGCCGUGGGAGCCCUCUGCUAUGCUGAGCUCGGGGUCACCAUCCCCAAGUCGGGAGGUGACUACUCCUACGUCAAGGACAUCUUUGGAGGACUGGCUGGGUUCCUGAGGCUGUGGAUCGCUGUGCUGGUGAUCUACCCCACCAACCAAGCUGUCAUCGCCCUCACCUUCUCCAACUACGUGCUGCAGCCACUCUUCCCCACCUGCUUCCCCCCGGACUCCGGCCUUCGACUGCUGGCUGCCAUCUGCUUGUUGCUGCUGACGUGGGUCAACUGCUCCAGUGUGCGGUGGGCCACCCGCGUCCAGGACAUCUUCACGGCCGGGAAGCUCCUGGCCCUGGCCCUCAUCAUCAUCAUGGGGGUUGUGCAGAUAUGCAAAGGAGAGUACUUCUGGCUGGAGCCAAAGAACGCGUUUGACAAUUUCCAAGAACCGGACAUCGGCCUCAUCGCGCUGGCUUUUCUUCAGGGCUCCUUUGCCUACGGAGGCUGGAACUUCCUUAAUUACGUGACUGAGGAACUUGUGGAUCCCUAUAAGAACCUUCCCAGAGCCAUCUUCAUCUCCAUCCCACUGGUCACAUUUGUGUAUGUCUUUGCCAAUGUCGCGUAUGUCACUGCAAUGUCCCCCCAGGAGCUGCUGGCGUCAAACGCAGUCGCUGUGACGUUUGGAGAGAAGCUCCUGGGAGUCAUGGCCUGGAUCAUGCCCAUCUCCGUGGCGCUGUCCACAUUUGGAGGAGUCAACGGCUCUCUCUUCACCUCCUCCCGGCUGUUCUUUGCUGGAGCCAGAGAAGGCCACCUUCCCAGCGUGCUGGCAAUGAUCCACGUGAAACGCUGCACCCCCAUCCCAGCCCUGCUCUUCACUUGCCUGUCCACCCUGCUGAUGCUGGUCACCAGCGACAUGUACACACUCAUCAACUAUGUGGGCUUCAUCAACUACCUCUUCUACGGGGUCACGGUUGCUGGACAGAUAGUUCUUCGCUGGAAGAAGCCUGACAUCCCCCGUCCCAUCAAGAUCAACCUGCUGUUCCCCAUCAUCUACCUGCUCUUCUGGGCCUUCCUGCUGAUCUUCAGCCUGUGGUCAGAGCCCGUGGUGUGCGGCAUCGGCCUGGCCAUCAUGCUCACGGGGGUGCCCGUCUAUUUCCUGGGUGUUUACUGGCAACACAAACCCAAGUGUUUCAACGACUUCAUUGAGCUGCUAACCCUGGUGAGCCAGAAGAUGUGCGUGGUUGUGUAUCCUGAGGCGGACGGGGGCUCGGGGACAGAGGGGACGCGCGAGGACAUGGAGGAGCAGCAGCAGCCCAUCUGCCAGCCCUCUCCUGGCAAGGACAAGGACUCGCUGGAGCAGUCCCCGCCCUGAGGCCCACUGUCCCCUCGGCUGGCCACCCCCACGUGCUCCUCCUCUCUGCCCUCCUCACCCGCCUGGGUCCCCAGCACACAUACACGCACGCACACCUGCCUGCUGCUGUCUGGCAGCAGCACGGGAGGACCUGGAUAUGGUGGCGAGAGAUGACAACGACACUGACUUUUGUAUCCAAGGAACCGGCCUGCCCCCAGGCCCCGUAACAGGCCCUGGAGCUGGCCAGGAUGCCCUACAGGACCCCUCCCCCGGGCCCAUGCCCUCAGGUGCCUCUUCUGGAACCUGAGCCCACUACUGCCUUCCCCCACUUCUAAGGCCGGGAGACACCCUAGUGCAGAGGCACGAGGCAGCCACUGGGAGUUGGCAGAUCUGUCCCCAUUAAAGGGCGGCUCGAGAGACCCAGACCCCUCUACCCAGACCCCUCCCCCACUCGCCAGGGACCCAAAACUCAGAAGGGAUCUGCCCCCUGCCCCAGUUCCCCCCAUGCAACCUAGGCUCCCUGUCCCAUGGACACUGCCUCCCCACUGAGCUAAGGACCAACGGGAGGGCUGCCCUUCCCCCCAGCGCCACGCCAGGCCCCUGGAACAUCCUGGAAAAGGCUGUAGACUCAGUCUGCCCCCGCCUCCCGCAUCCUGCCCCAGCGUGGUGCCAACGCUUCCUGAAGCCAGAGCCUGGCUUGUUUUCAGUGUGGCCAGCACAGCAGCUUGGCUACACACGUGCGCACACAUACACUCCCUUUCGUCCCUGCAGCUAGUGCAGCCCCACCCAGGGUGGCCACCCCAUCAUACCCUUCACCCCCUCUCUGGGGCUUCGCUCUGGACAUGUGUGAAGGACCCCCAAGGCCUUCAGGCCCGAAAUCAAAGCCAAAUCAGCCUUAAGUCACCACCCAUCGAAGAACCGGGCCUAUGAUUACUUCCUUCUUUCUACCCAGCAGGCCAGACCUAGGAUUCAAUGCCUAUCCCAGGAGGAAGGGCGCUUCUCCCUCCCUAAAGGAGCCCAUUCUGUGGCCCUGGAGGCUGCUGGGGGCCAGGCUGUUUCCUGAGGGCCAGCUCCACUCCCAGUUCCUCUCCCGUCUUGGGGCAGGAUGGGAGGUGGUGGCAGAGGGGCACCCCCUUCUCGGGUACCCCAUUCCCUGUGCCCCAGAGGGAAGUGAGAGGAUCUCCCCUGGGCCCUGCUAUGUGCUACCUGCACCUGGUGUCCUGAGACUGCGAAUUCUGUUAUCUCAGAGUUCCAUUCUCUAGGCCUGUCCCUUGCAUCUGCUAAGACUGGAAUACAGGGAGCCCUCUGCCCCCCCGGCCCUGCUCAGGGCUCCCAGCUUGCCUGCCCCCCCCCCCAGUUGGUGAGAUGCUGGCCUUGGCCUAAGUGAUGAUCCCUUUCACCAGGUAGGCUGGGGUGGCCCCAGGAGGAUCAGGGGACCUCCUCAUUCCUCCAAUCUCCUCCCCUCUUUAAUUUUUUUUUAAAGUGGAUGCCUUACUUUUUGGAUAAAUAUUUUUGAAGCUGGUAUUUCUAUUUCUUUCAGGUUUUUUUUUUUAACAUAAGGUGGUUCUGGGGGGAGGGGUGGAGCUGGUUAGAACCUUGAUAAUUAUCUCCUGUCUUUCAAUUGGUUUAGGUCUUAAGAGUCUUGUUUGUUUU